AUGUCGAAAGUUAUCAAAAGUGAAGAACCUAGUGACAGUCUUCACCCGACUAGUCUGUCCCAUCAAGGAGGGUCUAACGACUUUGUCAAAAAGCUAUUUCAAAUGCUUCAAGAAGAUAGCUAUAAAAAUGUUGUGAGAUGGACAAAAGAUGGAGAUUCAUUUGUGGUAAUUGAUACUAAUGAGUUCACCAAGGAAAUACUACCUCGUCAUUUCAAGCACAGCAAUUUGGCAAGUUUUGUUCGUCAACUUAACAAAUACGACUUCCACAAGGUGAAGAUUUCGAAUGAAGCAAAGAGGAACUAUGAAUAUGGUGAUGAUGCUUGGGAGUUCAAACACCCAGAAUUCCGCGUCAACGAUCGUGAAGCAUUGGAUAAUAUCAAGCGUAAAGGUACCAAUUCCAAAAAACUGGCCCCUGGUAAUGGAGGUGCCUUGGUACCGUCUUCUGUCGCUUCUGAAGCGUUAUUUCAACGGGUAAUGAAAUUAGAGGAGCAAGUGGAAUAUCUUCAAGGCGAUAACACCUCGUUGUCGCAUCAAUUAUCAACCUUGAAAUCGAAAUAUAAACAUUUGAUGGAUCAUAUGGUAACGGUUAAAUCGUUUGAAGAACGAAAUUUCAACUCAAUUAACUUGAUGAUUAAUUCGUUGGCACAAAUGGGAAUAAAACUACCUCCACUUGACUUUCCUAACCCUGACUUGAUUGGUAAUACUAAUGGUUCUCAGGCUGUUCCUGGCGCUGGCCCUACUCCUACUCGUUUGGAAACUGGUACUGUACCAAGUGCUGUAACUCAGGCCCCAACACAAUCUUAUGGUGAUAAACUAGAUUAUGCUUUUUCCGGGCCCCAGUCACUAGGCCAGGGCCUAACACCGCAACAGCCAAUCCAACUGCAACAGACACACUCAUCCCAUACUAGAAACCAGAGCCAUACUCAACUUCAGUCGCCAGAUGCCGCUGCACCGAUCGCGCAACCCACACCAGCUGCAUUUGGUAAUGGCCCAACCUCAUUGGUAAAAGAGCUGCAAUCGCCCCAGAACCGUCCGGUACCUGCGAAUACGCCUCCUAGUCAAAGUAUUAUUACUACAAGUAUUCCGAAUCCUAAGUUUCACGUUUUACUUGUGGAAGAUGACAAUGUAUGUAUUCAACUUUGCCGGAAGUUUUUGGUAAAGUAUGGAUGUCAGGUGACCGUGGUAACGGAUGGUUUAAAUGCCAUCUCCACAGUGGAAAAGACAAAAUAUGACUUGGUGUUGAUGGAUAUCGUGAUGCCCAACUUAGACGGGGCUACAGCUACCAGUGUUAUCCGUUCAUUCGAUACUCGCACUCCUAUCAUAGCUAUGACUGGGAAUAUCGAAGACAAUGAUCUCGUUAACUAUCUUCAAAAUGGAAUGUCUGAUAUUCUAGCCAAACCUUUCACCAAAGAUGACUUGUACUCUAUCUUGGCCAAACACUUGCUAACAGGUGGAUCAUCGAGUACUACGGCUCCUUCUCUGGUUCCAGCUCCACCUCAACAGUCUCCUCCUUCCGAUGAUCAAACUUCAAUGGUUCAGGCUCCCGCUCAAUCACCUGUCCAUGCCUCUGACCAGCCGGCGGUACCACAACCAUCAGAUUUUUUACUGGGUGGUGUGGGAGAUCCAUUGUUGAAGAAACAACGACUUCAAUGA